AUGAGCGACGAGGAAAGACCAUUAAAGAGACCGCGCUUCUUCACAGAUAAUAAUUUGCCUUUGAAUAAGGCUCGAGAUACCGACGCGUUUUCAUCCUGUCCACCGACGGAACAGCGCCAUGAGGACGUGCUUGAGAUUCGGUCCGUUGAUCGCAUUCCGGAAAGCUCACCCGGUUUAGAAGCCCCCGAGCAAGAAUCGGGACAAUGUCUGGCGGAGACAUCAAAAACACAACCUUCGAUCUCGGAACCCGACUCCUGCCUUCCACAUGCGGCCGAACCAGCGCAACCCGAAGGGACUACGGACACGUCGAACACAACCAUCGAAGGAUUUGACGUUGACCUCUUCACCAGCAUUGUGGGGGAGCAGCUCCCCGUGGAGUCGAUUAAAGCAAUACAGUCGGCAGCCUCAAACAAUAUUGAACAAGCUGUCAAUGUAUACUUCGAUGGUUCGUGGAAGAAGCCCGCACGAACCAAUAGUGGAGCUCUGAGCAAUGGCCGACUAAACCCCCAGCGGACGAACCCUGAGCCGCAAAGCCCGAUAGAAAAUCAAUCCGUCCUCCGAAACCACCCAGAUACGAGAUACGUUGGCGCGUUUGGCGUGGGGGGAUGGGCGACCAGGAGUGGCCUUGCGGUUCUCAAACAUGGAGAUCCCGUGAAGAUCGAACGUGCACGCUCACAGCCAACCAUGAAGCGUGGCCGAGGGGGCAAAUCAUUCGUCAAUCACAAAAGCGAUGUCUUGACUCGGUUCACAAACACAUCGGGCCAGGAGGUUGGACGGCUGCCCCACGAGACUGCCGAAUGGGUCUCUACCUUGAUAGACCAGAAGAUUUGUUGUUUCGAAGGAGUCUGUGUAUAUGUGCCUGACGUGGUGCGCGUGAACGACACUAUAUACCUACAACUUCGAGUAUUCUUGCGAAAGGAGGCAUUCCAGCAUGGUGCAUUUGCCGCUUUGAACCAGGAUGACAACAGAUCUACUGGAAUGUUUGAAGAAAAAGAAAACACGGAGGAGAAAAACCUCCGACUUCGUCAAGUCUCUCUUGUAAAAUUGUUCCAGGAGAUCAACCUACAUCCCACAUCUACGAACCCAACUACAGAGAAGCACAAGCGAGAUGGAAUACUGCGGGCCGCUGAAAUUGCGGAGCAGUAUGACGGUGUGAAAAAGGAAAAGGAUAGACCGAAAUCGUCCAAAGAUCCAGACGACUCAUCUGAUGAGAAUGACACGGAAGAGCUAGAAGAGGAUCAGCUCGACACGCUGUAUCAGAAGGCCCAGUCGUUCGAUUUCAACAUGCCUGGAGCUGAUCCUGCGCCUAGCUUCAAGCUCGACCUUAGGAAAUAUCAACAGCAAGCCCUUCAUUGGAUGUUGUCCAAAGAAAAAGACGCCAAAGACGAGCGAGAAAAGUCAAUGCAUCCCUUGUGGGAAGAGUAUACCUGGCCCACAAAGGAUGUCGAUGAAAGGGAUUUGCCUCGGAUCAAGAACAUCGACCACUUCUAUGUCAACCCGUAUUCCGGAGAUCUGAGCAUUGACUUUCCUGCCCAGGAACAACGCUGCCAAGGUGGCAUCCUGGCCGAUGAGAUGGGUCUUGGUAAAACCAUCGAGAUGCUCAGCUUGGUUCAUUCACAUGCGAUCGAGCCUGACCCCCAAGUAUCCAAUGGUCUUACCUCGGUCAACGAUCUUGCUAGGAUGCCAAACUCUGCUGGAGUGGUUUUUGCACCUUACACCACACUGGUUGUCGCACCCACAUCCUUGAUCUCACAAUGGGAAAGCGAAGCUCUCAAGGCCGGUACAUUGAGAGUAUUGGUGUACUACGGUAUGCAACAGCUCCUCAGGUGA